AUGCCGCGCAGAAGUGCGCGACUUGAGAAUGCGGGGUACUACGAUGUGGACGGUAGCCCUCGCAUCUCCUAUUCCACUGUGACUCGGCGUCACACUUUCCCCCAGGACCAGGUGAGACCCCCUCAGGUCCAUGUGCCUGAGCCAGUCCCGAGGUCUGAGCCAGUCCCGAGGUCUGAGCCAGUCCAGAGGUCUGAGCAGACCAGGUCUUGGCGCUGGUUCAGCUGGGGCUUGCUCCUGAGGCUCCUCUUCUCCCUGACGGCCCUGGUCAUCUCUGAGGCUCACAUGUGGAGUCUGAGGAAGGAGUUUCAUCAUCUCCAGCAAGAUCUGGGACGUCUGCAGACUAUGGUGCCGUCACAAGCCACCUUCUGGGGGAACUUUGCGUUGGCAUCGCAUGGAGCUCAGGUCCUAACCGCCCUCAGCUCCAGCACCCACCAACAAAAGGGUUGGCUGACUCCCAGUUGGCUGACACCGUACUCUCCAGGGGAGGUGAUCAAGGGCCAGCAUUACCCUUUGGUCCCUGGGCACUGCUGGGCCUUCUCUGGCCAGACAGGAGAGCUGUUUGUGGCCCUGGCUCAGAAAAUUCAUGUGUCUCACAUCACUGUGGGGCACAUCUCUAAAGAGCAGUCGGUCACAGGAGAGAUCCUGUCGGCUCCAAAGGCCUUUGCCCUUUAUGGACUGGAGGAAGUGGAUGGACCAAAGUUCAACCUGGGGACCUUCCAGUACGAGUCUGACGGAGACUCAUUCCAGACCUUUGAGAUCAAAGAGCACACCUCCAAGAGCUUCAAGUUUGUGAAGCUGGAGGUCCUGACCAACCAUGGCCUCGAGGACUUCACUUGUCUUUACAGCUUCAGGGUCCACGGGAAAAUGCCUGAGGCUGCAACCACCUGUGGCCCUCACUUGUUUCCCUCUGGUCUGUCUGCAGAGGCCACCCGUCUGGUGACAGUACCUGAGGACUCGGAGGUGGCUGUGGGGGAUGACAUGGAACUGAGGUGCGCUGCUUCUUAUGACCCCAUGUUGGACAUCACUUUCAUCUGGUCUGUGGACUUCAGGGUGAUCGACUUCAGCUCCGAGUGGCAGCACUACGAACGACUCGAGGGAGAAGAUGGAGUUGGAGACCUGAGGAUAAAGAAUGCUCAAGUGUGGCAUAGGGGGCGCUAUAGCUGCACUGCUCAAACUGUGGUGGACAGUGACUCCGCUUACGCUGAUCUCAAAGUUGUCGGUAAACCAGGGCCUCCAGGGGUGAUCAGGAUCGAUGAGAUUGGAGACACUUGGGUGAAGCUGGAGUGGACCAAAGGAGCAGAGCACAACAGCCCCAUCACUCACUACACUGUGGAGACCAGGUUCUUCUGGGCUCUUCACGACGACGACUGGAGAAGCGCCAGCACGUCCCCAUCUGUGAUCGAUGGCUCCCUGGAGAAGGCUGAUGUGACGGGCCUGUAUCCCUGGAUGGAGUAUCAGUUCAGAAUCAUCGCCCACAAUGAGUACGGUGCAGGAGAGGCCAGCAUCCCCUCACUCAAGGUCAAGACCUGGGACGCACCUCCGGUUGUGUCCCCUACUGAUGUCGCUGGUUAUGGAGGAAGACAUGGAGAGAUUGUCAUCACGUGGACACCUGUGCAGCCGUGGUAUUUCUAUGGAAAAAAGUUUGGCUACAUCUUGGCGUUCAAGCCUCACAAUGCGUACGACUGGUGGUACGAGACCAUUUCUGACCCAGAGACCAGGAGGCACGUGCACCGGGACUCCUACUUCAUCCCCACAGACGAGGACUUCCAGGUGCGAGAGUUCCAGGUCAAAAUCAAGUGUUUUAACGUGAAAGGAGACGGCCCGUACAGCCUCACCAAGAUCAUCUACUACCCACGAGACGUCCCAAUUGAGCCUCCCACUGACGUAUACGCUCGGCCUGUGUCCUCCACCGAGGCGCUGGUGUGGUGGCUGCCGGUGAUGGACACGGGCACCGGGCUGCAGCAGUACAUCGAGGGCUAUCAGGUCAAGUACUGGAGGAAGUACGACGACCCGGAGCCAGGGGCAAACCGCAUUUUUGUCUCGGCUUACGUCAAUCAAACCCGGCUGGAGAACAUGCUGCCAGACUCCCACUAUCUCAUCGAGGUCCGAGCCUUCAACGGAGCGGGACUGGGACCGCCCGGAGAGCACUGCGAGAUGUUCACCAAGAGAGCACCACCGCCCGAGGCUCCCAGAAUGUGGCGCUGGAUCUCCUGGACUGGAAUGUGGCUGUACGUUUGGUGGGACCAUGUCUCUUACGACAUUUUUGGAAACUACUCCUUCCCCCUCUACUACAAGGUUUUGUUCAGGAAGACGGGUUACAUCUACGGGAAAGUGUACGUCACUGGGUGGCACUUCAUGGACUUCCCCAUGCCUCAGCUCGGGGACUAUGAGUUGUUGGUGCGUGGGCGCUAUGAAGGGGGCGAUGGUCCUGUCAGAAUGAUCCAUCUUUUAGGUGCUGCCACCAUGACCAGUCCCACUCUGAGCAUGUUGCCUUUGCUGCUCUUGGCCCUGGGAGUUCUGACACUGCUGUAA